UGCUUUGAACACUCCGGUCUCCAGAUACUGAUACUAGGCGUGAAAGUGGAGAGAUGUGCUCGGCAGCCAAUGGCCGACUGUAAAACUUGUGGUGGGCGGGGCGAUAAACCCAGUUCGCUUGUACAGGUUUAGUUUUUAAUACUACUUAGAAUUCAACACAUUUUUUGAAAAAGCAGAAUGUCAGCACCGUCGGAGGCGCCCACAGCUUUGUUCACGUCCACAACCGUGUAUUCACUUCUCGCUUGCGGUGCACAGUUAGCGGUGGGCUACUUCCUCGCGCAGCUAUGGGGAAAAAAGUGCACUGGAACGGACAGAUGGGUUCUAGUGUGGCUGUUUUAUGAUGCUAUUGUCCACAUUACAUUGGAGGGUCCGUUUGUAUAUAUGUCACUAUUUGGAACGGUUGCAACCUCAGACAACAUCUUUGCUGAACUAUGGAAAGAGUACGGGAAGGCAGACACGCGUUGGCUACACUCGGACCCUACCAUCGUGGCCCUGGAGCUGCUCACCGUCGUCCUGGAUGGGUUCCUGGCUCUGGUGCUCAUUUAUGCAGUUGUCAAGGAUAAAUACUACAGGCACUUUGUCCAGAUCACGCUGUGUGUGUGCGAGCUGUAUGGCGGCUGGAUGACCUUCUGCCCCGACUGGUUGCUGGGGAGCCCCAGCCUCAACACCGGCAGCUGGCUGUACCUCUGGGUCUACCUCGUCUUCUUCAACGGGGUGUGGGUACUGGUGCCGGGACUGCUGCUGUGGCAGUCCUGGCUGUCACUCAAGAGCACUCACCAAUCACAGUCAGCCGUGUGUGAGAGGAAGGCCCAGUAGACAUGGAGCCUCGUACUGACUCCUAUUUUGACCAAGUGUAGGUAGGAUUGUGUGCCUAAACACUGAUUCUGAAUCAUUGCAGUUGUUUUAUACGUAAUGAGUGGGGUUUAGGUUAGGAUUUUGGUUAUUUGAGCUGUUAUUGCAGGGGUCUGGGAGAGGGGUUAAAUGCAUAAUUUCAGUAUAGAUUUAUGACAUUCUCUGUCAUUUCUCCAUACAGUGUAACUGAGUUCAUGAACUUUUUUCAUAAAGUCUGCUCAAAUCUCCAGCUCA